AUGACAGAACGAGAUGCAAUACUAUGGCAGUCUAACAAAGAUGAUCAUGCUUUGGAUUUCCUCAAGGACAUACCCAUCGAUGGACUUAUGCAAACACUUGGGCCCCGUCCAUUUCGCUCUGUUCUCCAAUAUUGUUUGGGCAUACCCAUGUUUCCAGAGGAUAGUCUAUGCUCAAGCUGUAAUAAUUUCAUGGACAUUUUUGGCGACCAUGCGCUCCAUUGUGCCAAAGAUGUUGGCCAGAAGUACCGCCACGACUUAGUUAACGAUGUUUUUGCCGACAUUUGUUAUAAAGCAGGUGUUGCAUCACGUAGAGAGGCGUCUUUGGGCUUUGGUGGUUCCAAACAUGCAGAAUCCUUGUUCUCAGCUGGGAAAACGGCAAAGAUAAAAGUGAAAUGUGAAUUUUUUAUUUUUAUUUUUUUUUGUUUCAGCUCUGGAACUUCAGGUGGCGAAAGGAAAAUAUUUCCACGUUUUGAGGAAGAAACGGAACGCAUACGUCUUGGUAGAUGUCUUGUAGCACCGGUGGUUAACAAGUACAUAACUGGUAUGGAUAAAGGAAAAGCUAUGAUUUUUAUGUUUUCAAAAGAGAAUGCUUAUACUCCUGCAGGACUACCAUUUAAUUCAAGUUUAACCCUUAAUUAUGAGAGUUCACAAUUUAAGAAUAGAUCUUACGAUCCAUCAGAAGAUUAUACUAGUCCUGAUGAAACCAUUCUUUGCAAGGAUUUUUAUCAAAGUACGUAUUCUCAAGUUCUUUGUGGACUCUAUCAAAGCAAACUAGUUGUCCGUGUUGGAUCUGUUUUCAUUUAUGGGUUACUUAGGGUUAUACUUUUCAUUCAAAAACACUGGUCUUUACUUUGUAAUGACAUCCGGACGGGAACUAUUAAUACCCAGAUUAUCAAGGAUGUAUCAGUACAAGAAGCUGUCAAGAAAAUACUAGUAAAACCAGAUCCUGAACUCGCUGAUUUUAUCGAGAUUGAGUGCAUCAGAUAUGAGUCAUGGAAAGGUAUUAUAUCUAGGUUAUGGCCUAAUGCCAAGUACAUUGAUGCUAUCAUAACAGGGUCUAUGUCUCAGCAUAUUCCCUCAGUCGACUUUUACAGUAAUAGUCUCCCACUGGUUUCUGCAAGGUAUAUAUGUUCGGAAUGCUUCUUAGGUAUAAACCUUAACCCUCUUUGCAAACCAAAUGAAGUUGCUUAUACCUUUCUCCCUAACAUGGCCUAUUUCGAGUUCUUGCCAAUACUUGAUGCGAAUCACCAGAAGAACAGCAACCAACAGGAGCAACCUGAUGCACAAAAGCUAGCUGAAUUAUCCAACGUUAAGCUCGGACAUGAAUACGAAGUCUUCGUCACCACCUAUACAGGACUUUAUCGGUAUGGAAUCGGAGACGUGCUAAGAGUCGUUGGUUUCAAAAACACUGCUCCACAAUUCCAAUUCAUAUGCCGAAAGAAAGUACUUCUGAGCAUUGAUUGUGAGAAGACGAGCGAACUGGAGCUUGACAAUGCUGUUCAAAAUGCAGUAAAGCAUCUCAAAUCCACGUUUGAAAUAUCCCUUGUCGAUUACACCAGUUAUGCCGAUACAACAAGUACUAGCAAUCAUGGCCACUAUGUUAUCUUCUGGGAGCUUCGACAUCACAACUCCAACGUUAAUAAAAUUUCAACUGUUUCUAUUAGGUCGAUGUUAGAAGAAUGUUGCUUCAAAAUCGAAGAGUCAUUAAGCUCUGAAUACAAGGAAAAUCGUGCACUAGACAAAUCAAUUGGACCUCUAGAGAUAAAGAUAGUUGAGACAGGAACUUUUGAUAAAUUGAUGGAUUGUGCAGUUAGCCAGGGUACGUCGGUUAGCCAGUACAAAACUCCGCGGUGCAUGAAAAAUGUCGAGCUUCUAAACUCUUGUGUUGUUUCGAAUUAUUUUAGUCGGGAGUCCCCACAUUAUGCUCCUGGUUUGUGA